AGACACUGACGUGUUUCUGCCUGUAAAGCCCGCAAUCAAGAUGCUCUCGAUUCGCGCUCGGGUCGCGUUAAAUCAUCUGCGCUGCGCGACGAAAAAGGCGAAAAAAAUUCAAAGCCACAAACGAAACCUCUCCAAACUCAGCUACUUUCACAAUCCCGGAAAAGAGCCGCUCCUGACCUGGACAGUGGGAGAUGUUAUUGACAGAGCGGCAGACACCGUCGGGGAUGUCACAGCCAUUGUUACCACUCAUCAGAACAUCAGCAAGACCUAUACGGAAUACAAGAAAGAUGUAGAUCAGCUAGCUGCGAGCCUGGUCUCCCUCAAACUUCCGGUGGGUUCCAGGGUCGCCAUUCUCUCUCCAAGGCUUUAUGAAGUAGCGCAGCUAAUUUAUUCUGCAUCCAAGGCGGGACUUGUUAUGGUUGGCAUCCACGCAUUCUGCACGCUUUCUGAACUUGAGCAUUGCUUGAAUAAGGCGGAGUGUGCGGCUCUGAUACUUGCGGACAUAUGUACAGAUACAAAUUACUACGAGAUGUUGCUUCAAAUUGCACCGGAGAUGGAGAAGUCGGCGCCGGGAGAGUUGAAAAGCCAAAGGCUGCCGUUCCUGAAACACGUCAUCACCAUCGGCGACACCCGGAAGCCCGGCAGCAUUACUUUCGAUGACCUGAUGACUUUGGCGACGGCGGAAGACCAUGCCACCAUGAAUUCCGUGUCUGCCAAAACGCAGUUCGACCAAGACGCUUUCAUCCAGUUUUCCUCGGGAACGACAGGGCAGCCCAAACCAGCGCGACUGUCUCAUUUCAACGUUGUCAACAACGCCAACAUUGUGGGCCGCUUUGUUGGAUACCAUAAACAGCGUGAAAUCUUCUGCCUGAACGGACAGCUGAUCUACGGAUUCGGCAGAACGCUGGGCGUCUUGACUGCCACGAUGUUCGGCUCCACGGUAGUGUUGCCGGGGCCUUUCUUCGAGCCGAAAUCGACUAUGGAAGCCAUCACAAAGCACAGAUGUACUGUCGCCUUUGCUGCGCCAACUAUCAUCCUCGAUAUGGUGAAUGAGCUUCAAAAAGGAGACUACGACGUUUCUUCGCUCAGAAAAGCAAUCGUGUCCGGGGCCUUAUGUAAUCCCGAGGUUGUGGAGAAGGCGAGAACGAGGCUGAACACCCAAGCGCUCUACAUUAUGUACGGAGCCACCGAAACCAGUCCGAUCUUCUGCAGCACGAAUCCGGACGAACCGACGGACCGCUGGAUUCGGACGGUUGGGACACCGUUGGACCACGUUGAGGUGAAGGUUGUGGACACCGAAGGCAGGAUUGUUCCCGUGAACACUAGAGGGGAACUGUGCACCCGAGGUCCCCAUGUAUUCAAGGGGUACCUCAACGACGACGCCAAGACAAAGGAAGCCCUCCGAGAGAACUGGUACCACACGGGGGACGAGGCGACCAUGAGCGAGGACGGUCGAAUCACAUUUUCGGGCCGCAUCAAGGAGAUGAUUAGCAUUGGCACUUUUAGGGUGCCGCCACUGGAGGUUGAGAGUGUCCUCAACACACACCCCGAUGUGGAGGAGGCGCAGGUGAUUGGAGUACCGGACGAAAGGCUGGGAAAUAAGAUAUGCGUCUGGAUCAAACUGCAGCCAUAUAAAACCUUGUCUCACGAAGACAUCAAGACCUUCUGUAAAGGAAAGAUCCACGAUUACAAGAUACCGGAAUAUGUGCUGUUCGUGGACUCUUUCCCGAGGACACUGACCGGAAAAGUACAGAAGCACAAAAUGCGGGAGGAAAGCGUGCGACUGCUGAACUUGUCAAGAUGAUCAGCGUCAGACAAAAAAACACGCGGAAAAAAUAAAGUAUACAUUCCACACGACAUCAA